GGCAUGAUGGCUCAGACUCGCGAUUUUUUGGAAGACUCCCCAUGUUGCUGCUUCCUGUACUGAAACACCGAAUUCCGUCUCCGCAGUCUGCAACCAAGCUUCACACCCCGGCUCCAUACAGGGGAAGGUCUACAAGUGUACCCCUUUAACCUUCGAACGCUAACAAUCCUCGGUCAGUGACCAGACAGUCCUGUCAACCACAGCCGUUGUCCUUGUGGCGAGGGCCGCUCUGAUUUGAGGAACGCAGCACACGAUUUCCGUAGGGGAGGUGGUGCUAGCUGGACAAGAAGCGAAAGGAACAGUAAUGUGUACAAAUCUAGUGUACUAUUAUAGCUAGUUGUUUUUUAAAAUAUACCUUACUCGUUAGAUAUCUAAAAUAGUCAAAUGCACCUGACCUGAUGGUGACGUGCAUGUGUGAUUGUCCUUACAAACAUCUGUCUGUCAUGCUCGCAAAGUAACUAGCUGGCUAAGCCACUAACAGCCAGCAACAUUUACCCCUGUUGCUGUUUUAGAACAACUUUGAAUUAUCAGUUCCUUGUACUGAUUUGCUUCGGAAAGUCGUCCAGGGCACUGUAAAAUAUUUCGAUAUGGCUCCGAAGAGAAGACCCGUUCCCCUAAAUAUCACGCCCAUUGGAGAGGGGCAGUCCAUCUCCACAACCAUCGAUGCUGCGUCUGAAGCCAAUCUGGAGGCCUUACAAAAGAAGCUAGGAGAGCUAGAUUUGGACGAACAGCAGAGGAAACGUCUGGAGGCUUUCCUCACCCAGAAAGCCCAAGUGGGCGAGCUGAAAGAUGAUGAUUUCCACCCCAUAUGUGAGCUGGGCGCUGGCAACGGUGGAGUGGUCAACAAGGUCCGCCACAAACCCUCCAGACUGGUCAUGGCCCGAAAGCUCAUCCACCUGGAGAUUAAGCCUGCCAUCAGGAACCAGAUCAUCAGAGAGCUGCAGGUGCUGCAUGAGUGCAACUCUCCCUACAUCGUGGGCUUCUACGGGGCCUUCUACAGCGACGGAGAGAUCAGUAUCUGCAUGGAGCACAUGGAUGGAGGCUCUCUGGAUCAGGUGCUGAAGGAAGCCAGGAGAAUCCCUGAGGAGAUCUUGGGCAAAGUCAGCAUAGCAGUACUCAGAGGACUUGCCUAUCUGCGGGAGAAGCACCAGAUCAUGCACAGAGACGUCAAGCCCUCCAACAUCCUGGUGAACUCGCGCGGGGAGAUCAAGCUGUGUGACUUCGGCGUGAGUGGCCAACUCAUCGACUCCAUGGCCAACUCCUUCGUGGGAACGCGCUCCUACAUGUCGCCGGAGAGACUGCAGGGCACACACUACUCUGUGCAGUCGGACGUGUGGAGCAUGGGCCUGUCCCUGGUGGAGCUGGCCAUCGGCCGCUACCCCAUCCCCCCGCCUGAUGCCAAGGAGCUGGAGGCCAUCUUUGGCCGGCCCGUACAGGACGGAGCCGAGGGGGAACCACACACCAUCUCCAACCGCCUCCCCAGACCACCAGGAGGGCGACCAGUCAGCGGACAUGGGAUGGACAGUCGACCAGCCAUGGCGAUAUUUGAGCUGCUGGACUACAUUGUCAAUGAGCCUCCUCCCAGGCUGCCACUUGGUGUCUUCACCAACGAUUUCAACGAGUUUGUGACAAAAUGUCUGAUCAAGAAUCCAGCAGAGCGAGCUGACCUGAAGAUGCUGAUGAACCACACGUUUAUCAAGCGUGCUGAGGUGGAGGAGGUGGACUUUGCUGGCUGGAUGUGUAAAACCAUGGGCCUCAACCAACCCAGCACCCCUACCCGUGGCACUGAAUGAGAAACCCAACGCCAACUGCUUCCCACAUGAGGAUCCCCAGUGCCUCACUGUGUCUCUCGCUCACACACACACACACACACACACACACACACACUUUGGCACCCCUUUCGUCUUGCUCUUAAGAGGUUUCAGCUCUUAAGUAUACUUAUCAUCAACAGGGCCCAUUUACUCAUUGUAUGACCACAGGUUUCCCAUACCAGUGUCGUGGUAGUCACACACAUGCUAUUUUUUCCUAUCAUAUUAAAGAUGAGGUACAAAGCACGGGGCGGCAGGGUGGCCUAGUGGUUAGAGCGUUGGACUAGUAACCGGAAGGUUGCAAGUUCAAACCCCCGAGCUAACAAGGUACAAAUCUGUCGUUCUGCCCCUGAACAGGCAGUUAACCCACUGUUCCUAGGCCGUCAUUGAAAAUAAGAAUUUGUUCUUAACUGACUUGCCUAGUUAAAUAAAGGUCAAAUAAAAUAAAAAAUAAAAUGGAAGGACUGCCAGUUUAUCAUUUCAUGAAUUGCCAUUGAUAUCAUCUUACCACUUGUAUUGGUAAAUUAUGUUCAUGGUUUGUGCAACAGCAUAUUGGUGUAGGCUGUAGAGGAGCUAUCUUUGACAAUGAAAGUGUCCAUGACAGAAAUCAAGUUAAGUGUUUUGAAGGUACAGGAGGACUGCAAACCAAAAAAGGUUCUCAUCAUGACUACUAAUGUUUUGGAUAUCAUGCCAGAUCAAAGUACUUAGUUUUGUACAUUCAUGACCAGUACAUUUUUGAGAGGAUACUUUCAAUGUUGACAUUUUUAUUUGAUUUUAAUGGUCAUUAAACACUGUAAAAUGAACAUCAAAAGUGCUCAUUUUACAAAAUGGAAUGAUUUACCAUAUUAUAUUAUCCAGACACCCCAGGUCAUUAUUUUGUUUUUACUUGUAUUUGUAUCAACUGCCUGAAACUCAUUUGUCAAGUUAGAAUCUCUCAAACCGUGACUACAGAUGCUCUGAAAGGUUCCGAUUUUUGCCAGUCUACUCAAUUUAUUCCCCAGAGUGUUUUUCGGUUCUGCUCCACUGUUUUGCUUUGCGUGAGUAAGUGUAACCUCCACUCCAAGCGUUCUCUUUGUGAAGCCCCGGCGUGGUGACUGGCUUUGUGCAAGCGGGUGGGUGGUGGUUGUAACAUGUAUUAGCCUGUCGUCUAUAAGAGCCCAUGUACUGUAUGUAUUCUCUGCUUCUGGCUGAUUUUAUCAUUCUCAACAGACUUGCAUUUGUUGGUAACAAAGUGGAUGCAUUGUCGCCUGUAUGUGUAUAAAGCUAUAAAAACAGUACGCAAGUACUAUUUAGCAGUCUUAAGAAACAAAAUGUUUUUGACUCGUAUAGGGGGAAGUGGAAGAGAUGUCAUUUUAUUUUAACGUGUUGGAUACGGUUGUAAUGUAAAAAUAAAACUUUGAAUGUA